UUCAGGAGAGUAGAUUUGCUGCUCUGACUAUUUCUAAGAGACUGGGAAAGGCUCUUUCGACACUUGGGUCCAGUCUCCUAUGAAGAUUUUUCCAAUAUGGCGGCUAGUGCGGCUCAAACACGUGUGAAAGAAGAAGUCGAGAGAUCAAUAGAAAAACUUGAAAAAGAACAGCUGAGAGGGCUUCAGGCCAAGUCUCACUUGUGUGCCGCCAAAUGUUGUGAGAAUCUCACUUCUAGUAAAGGGGAAGUUCAACAGUGUAUGAACAAGUGUUUUGUGCCAAUCCAGCAAAUUCAAGAGUACCUUGGUAAAGAACUAACUGGAUUUCAGGAUCGACUUGGUCGCUGUGCUCAACAAUGCCAGGACAAAAUUCAGGACAAUAUGGACCCAAAUACAACUCAAUCAGAGCUCGCAAAGUAUCAAGCUGAGCUGGAUUCUUGUGUUGAUCAGUGUUGUAAAACACACUUGGAACUUGUUCCUAAAAUGUUUGAGAGAAUGAGGAAGGUCUUGUCACAAGUACAGGAACCCAGCUCAAGAUAGUGCACGGUGAUACUUAGGUGGAAGAAUUGUUAAAUUAAUACAUAAAAGGAGCUGUGCUGCAAAUGGUGCAUCUUAAAAAAAUUAGCCUCAAGUUUACAAUGCUGUCAUUUGUAAUCCGUAAUUUGUUCUUUUUGUUUUCUUACUACCAAGCUCUGAUGGUUCUUUUUUUUUUACCUUGGUAUUCUUUUGUUUUUCUCAAAGCUUUGCACAUCACAAAGAUUGCUUGCCAUAGCUUGUUCAAUCUCCAACUCUGAGUAAAAUUUGGUUUAUAACACAAUCAUAUGAAUAUUUCAACAAUUUUAAAAUGGUUGAACAAUAGUGAAUGAAAAGAUCAACUGAUCAUCUUAGAAGAAAUAUCUUGAGUAAAAACUUUAUUCUUUGAAGACAAUAUUAGGAGAAAUGUGUGAAAAAUUAAAGUAAGCAGUAUUCCAAUGCUGGCCAUGGGAUGUAAAUGUUAGUAAAGGUGUCUGAAUAAUAUUGAGUUAAUAUUGGUCUGAACAGACAAAGGAAAUCUAGAUAAGUGAUGUUUUGGGACUUAAUAGUUUUUUGUCAACACAGAAAUGGAGACUUUUAUCUGACCUGAGGCAGCCCCAAUGUCCAGACAAGAGAUUUCGAGUGAAAACAAAAGUCUACAAGAAAUAUUUUUUUUCAAGGUCAGGGAAAUUUUGAAUUUCAUUUUGAAGUCACAAUUUAUGAAGAUAGUCGAGCCAGGGAAUUAGAUUUUAAUGUUGCUGCUGGGUUUACUAACAAGUUGUUGAUAAAGACUCUUGGUAUUAUUAAUAAAACUAAAUGAUAUGGAUUUUA